UCCACAAAAUCUUCAUCUCAUUCCAAGCAAACUAAACCCCACUCCUUCACAAUCUUACAUCCACCACCACAACCCUCCCUACUUGCAUUUUUCAGUCAUUACCGAUCUGCCGCUUGCCCUAAACCAUUACAUCGAAAAUGGCAGCUACAUUUGCAAGCCCAUCAACCGUCGUCGGCCUUGGCAGCACCACCUUGCUAUCAACCCCAGCAAAGAAAGCAUGCCUCUCUUCAGGCUUCCUGAAAUCCCGUGCGGAGGCUCGGAACCCUUUGAGGGUGGCUGGUGCUUCAGGGGGCAAGUUCACAUGCUUUGAGAGAGACUGGCUGCGUACGGACUUCAACGUGAUAGGAUUUGGGCUGAUUGGGUGGAUAGCUCCAUCGAGCAUACCAGCAAUCAAUGGGAAGAGCUUGACAGGGCUUUUCUUUGAGAGCAUUGGAGCUGAGCUCGCUCACUUCCCUUCACCUCCUCCUCUUACUUCCCAGUUUUGGUUGUGGCUGGUAUUAUGGCACCUAGGAUUGUUCAUCACUCUUACUUUCGGACAAAUUGGAUUCAAGGGAAGGUCUGAGGGUUACUUUUAAAUUCCAUGUAAUCUGUUUAUGAAUCAGUUUCGGUUUUCUCUAAACUCCUUUUCUCCCCUUUCCUUUCUCCUUGUUCAAAAGUAUCAUUCUCUUUGCUUUCUUCCAUUCUGUAUCUAUAUCCUGCUUGUAUGUACGUUUCCUUUAUUUCCUUUCAAUGAAAAAGAAGGAUUCUCCUAACAAAAA